UGAACUUGUACUUUUUCCUGAUGAACGACAUAUGCCAAGAAAAAUUGAUGAUCGAAUUUAUAUGGAAGAUCGAAUAUUUGAAUUUAUUCGAAAAAAUUUAUAA